GGCCGCGCAGUCAGAGCUGCAACAUUUUACAGGCUGAUCAUCCGCCCACUCGGCAUCCAUUCAUAAAUAAGACCGUCGUGUGGAUAGGGAAGCUCGCACAGCAUCUGUUUUUCUUUUAUUAAUUCACUUCGAUCGUGUGCGAGUGUGUGGCGGAAGGAAGCAGACAUGUUUACCUCGGUCGGGGACCGUGAAUCGGGGGCACGGCUGAGAGGGCAGAAGUGACUUCCCAUGGCUGACCCCCCUGCUGAUGGUUUUGACUUCAUGUGCGAACCGUCAGGAGGCGGCUCGAUCUAGCGCCGAGCGUUUCCCUCGGAAGGUUUGGUGUCUUGUACAUACUUCGCUCAAAGUCACCCUCGUUUGAAUAGUCUUCCGCUUCCAUCCCCCUUCUCCUUCUUCUUCUUCUUCUUCAUUUUUUUUUUUAAAUUUUCUUUUUGAAUAAAUGAAAACGUCCCCGGAGGGUCGGCGCCCCGCCUGACCGAUGGAGCUGUGAGUUAUGGCAGCUAAAGAAGAACUGUACGCCAAAGUGACGCCGCGGAGGCAGCGGCAGAGCCGGCCGAGCACCGUGAAACAUGGGUCCACUCUGGACGUGCUGCUGUCCAUGGGCUUCCCCAAGACCAGGGCCUUGAAAGCGCUGGUUUCGACAGGAGGGAAAAAUGUCCAGGCAGCUUGUGACUGGCUCUUCUCCCACGUGGACGACCCGUUCCUGGACGAUCCUCUGCCCAGAGAGUACGUGUUGUAUCUGCGACCCAGCGGGCCGUUGCUCCAGCAGCUCUCGCACUUCUGGCAGCAGUCCCGCCUCUCCUGUGGCAAGAACAAGGCGCACAACAUCUUCCCCCACAUCACCCUCUGCCAGUUCUUCAUGUGUGCCGAUGACAAGGUCGAGGCUCUGACCGACGCGCUCCUGACCACCGUGGCCAAGUGGAAAGGUCGUAUCCCCAUGCCCCUCCCGCUGGAGCUCUACACCUCCUCCACCUUUAUUGGGCUCUUUGUGGAGGAGCAGCUGGCAGAGGUGCUGAAGAGUUUCGCGUCCGAUUUUGCAACCGAGUCAACAGCCAAAGCAGAUGUCCAUGUCGAGCCUCAUAAGAAACAACUUCAUGUCACUUUGGCAUACCACUUCCAAACCAGUCACCUCCCAACUCUGGAAAAGUUGGCCAAAUCAGUGGAUGUGUCGUCAGGAUGUGACUGGCUGGCUGUGCUCUAUUCUCGGGAUAUUCGGUUCGCGAAUCACGAGACACUGCAAGUCAUGUACCCGUAUGUGCCUCAGAAUGACGACGAGCUGGAGCUGAUGCCGGGAGACUUCAUCUUCAUGGCCCCCGGGGAGCAGAGCAGUGCCAGCGAGGGCUGGGUGUACGGCACGUCGCUGGCCACGGGGCUGUCGGGGCUGCUGCCCGAGAACUACGUCAACCGCGCUGAUGAGUCCGACACCUGGGUCGUCCACGGGUCUCACUCAAUGACCACCUGUGCGUCUCCGUCUAACUACGGCAGCACCGUGGCUGGGUCGCUAUUUGAUGCACAGCUGGGAGACAAUCUGCUUGACAGUUUUUUGACUUCUGAUGGCCACGCUGGCCUCUGUCCUCCUAUGCAGGUGUCUGGUCCAACCAGUCAGUCGUCCCCGUCCAAGAUGAGACUGUUUGUGUGUCGCCAUGGCGAGAGGAUGGAUGUGGUGUUUGGGAAGCACUGGAUCACUCAGUGCUUUGACGCUAAAGGCCGAUACAUUCGCUCUAAUCUCAACAUGCCAUCUAGCCUGCCAGCUCGGAGCGGAGGUCACCGGGAUUAUGACAAGGAUUGUCCAAUUACUGUGUUUGGCUCCACCCAGGCCCGUCUUGUAGGUGAAGCCUUGUCAGAAAGCAACACAACAGUAGACUUUGUUUACUGCUCUCCUUCUCUGCGAUGCGUCCAGACUGCUCAGCACAUCCUGCAGGGUCUCCAGCUGGAGGGAAAGACAAAAAUCCGUGUGGAGCCUGGAUUGUUUGAAUGGACCAAGUGGGUUUCAGGUACAUCUUUACCUGUCUGGAUCCCCCCAGCUGAGCUGGCGGCCGCUAACAUGAGUGUGGACACAACUUACAGACCUCAUUUUCCCAUAAGUAAGUUGGCGGUCUCAGAGACUUACGACAACUACAUCAGCCGGAGCUUCCAAGUAACCCGAGAGAUCCUGGUGGAGAGCAAAAACCUGGGAAGCACCGUCCUGAUUGUGGCCCACGCUUCCUCCCUGGAGGCGUGCACUCGCCAAAUACAAGGCCUCAGCCCCCAAAGCGCCAAGGACUUUGUUCAAGUGGUCCGCAAGAUUCCCUACUUGGGCUUUUGUGCUUGUGAAGAAAUGGGAGAGACCGGGGUGUGGCAGCUGGUCGACCCACCCAUCCUGCCUCUGACACAUGGACCCAAUCACAGUUUCAACUGGAGGGAAAUGCUAAUGCAAGACUGAAGGAUUGGCUGGCUGGCUCUCUAGCUUUUGGCACUGGAACUGCUAAAAAAUAUUUAUUUUUAACCCACCUGUCUGCUAUAGAUUCAGCCCAACUACCAAAAAAACAAAAAAAACACACAC